AUGUACGUUCUAGCCAAGGCUCUCGUUGAUACUCUGACACAUGGGUUCAAAAGCCGCAAGUCUCUGAACAUCAUUGUCUAUUUGGACGACUUGUAUUUACAAGAUCUUAAGGCUAUUAUAGGCUUGUUUGAAGCACCAUCUUGCUCUAUCUCAUUCGAAGAACGAUGGCUGCAAUGGUCUGGUCGUGUUGUGCGAACACAUGUGGUGGGAAAGUAUGAAGCGGACUAUAAAAGAUUCGUCGAACACGCCGCUGAAGAAGCUGGGCACAACCUUCUUUUGGCUGUUUCUCCAAGCUUGGAGGAAUUCGAAGUGGAUAUGACCGACGAUGGUGAUACACGGGGCAAUAAAAUUAUUGGAAAAAGACGACGGGUCUGGCUUGAGGAGGUUUUAUGA